CCUGGCCUGAUGACCUGUGUGUACUGGGAGGACAGAGGAAUGGAAUCUGAGAAUGGAACUGGGGGGAAGGGGAGGCAUUGGUCAGUGAACGGCUGUUGGGUUGUGUUCUCUGAUGAGAACUACACAGUGUGCAGCUGCUCUCACCUCUCCACCUUUGCCCUCAUCAUGCAGACUGGGGAGACUGUGUCGGAGGACAAUCCCUUCCUAGAGUGGGUGAACAGAGUGUGUGUGAUCGUGGGCCUGGUCUUCUUUGCUCUGGCCAUCCUCACCUUCCUGCUGUGUAGCUGGAACCCUAAGAUCAACAACACAGCCCGCCUCCACCUCUGCCUCUGCCUCUUCCUGUCCCAUCUGCUGCUCCUAUUGGAUUACACCUACCUCACUCACAAGCUGGUGUGCUCCAUCAUGGCAGGUCUCCUCCACUUCCUGGUAGUGGCCAGUUUCCUGUGGAUGCUGCUGGAGGCGCUCCAGCUCUACCUGCUGGUCCAGAGACUCUCUAGGAUCCAGAUCAUCCAGAGGGAAGGCCUCCAGAAGAAAUACCUCUUCCUGAUUGGCUAUGGCAUCCCCCUGGUGAUCGUGGGUGUGUCUGCAGCUGUGAAACGUGAUGGCUAUGGGGGAUCUAAAGUAUGCUGGCUGAAGCCAGAACAAUACUUUACCUGGGCUGUGUUAGGGCCAGUGUGUACUGUCCUAGCACUGAACUGGAUAUUGUUCUGCGUUACUAUCUGGAGUUUGAGACCUACCUUGGCUAACAUGAAGAGUGAUGUCUCACAGUCCAAAGACACCAGACUGAUCAUCUUUAAGAUCCUGGCACAGUUUGUGAUCCUGGGUUGUACCUGGGUGCUGGGCUUGUUCCAGUCCACCAUGGUCUUCAAGUACCUCUUCAUCGUGCUCAACUCCCAGCAGGGCACCUUCCUCUACAUCGUUCACUGUCUCUUCAACAAGGAGGUACGUGAUGAGUACAGGAAGUGGCUAGGCUGUUCUUCCAGCUCCUCUACUCCAGACUCUAUGAAAGAAGCACCUUCCGUCUCUGAAGACCUGGACAAGGCUGGUGAAGAGAGACAAAACAAAGGAUCACGGCCAGGAUGAGAGCAACAUGAUACGAUACCAUCAGACCUCCAAAGCAUUUCAGCACAGUGGGCCGCCACGGUAUAUCUUUCAAUGCACACUGUACACACUAAGUAUGAGAGAGAGAGAGAGAGAGAG